UAUCAGUACAUUUUAUUUCUACUCCGUAUAACUUAUCGGGCUCUUUGGAGGUUAAGAUUUCAUAGUUAAUCGGACGAAAAAAAAUACCACUGUACGUCCGUAGCACCCGUUGGAAAAGUACGUGAUGAUUAAAUUUAAUUUGAAGCAGAAAACACAUGGUAAGAGAUGAUUGAUACCUUGCAUAAUCGAGAAAUUCUAGGACCUCUUAACGUGACGAGAUCAUUUUGCCUGAACUACCGAAAAUCAUACCAUGUCCAUUCUCAAAAAAAAAUAAAAAAUAAAAUAAAAUAAAUCAUACCAUGUCACACUGUUACCGACAAGGUAGGCAAACAUAUUCUUAGGCGUUAAUCACGGUAAAAAAGACAAGCGGUGGCCGAAUUUCACAGGCAUUUGCCAAUAAUAUUUCGUCCCAAUCAAGAAAGAAGAAGAUUUGACUCCUGUUGACAGCCAAUCAGAUCAGAAAAUCCCGAACUCCCCGUGCGAUUCUCGUGCGGGCAAUGCGGGAAGGACAGCUCCUCCUUCGCAACAAAACCCAAAAGAACGAGAGAUUCAAAAGCCCCGAAAAAGAUCAGCAAGUUAGUUGGUUUCGCUCCCAACCCGCACCACCCACGGCCACCACGCGCUCGCCGUCACCGCCACCACCUCCACCUCCGGUUCCUCCCUACAAAACCCUCCGCCGGAGAUCAGUCGCUGCUAACCGCGCGCCAUCAAGCUCUCCCGCGUCGGAAACCUAACCGCCUCCCGGCCGCUCCCGCCGCGGCCGCGCGCGCGCGAACCGGAGCGCGGCCCGGCGCCGAUCAGAUGACGAAGGGCGCGUGGACUGCGCAAGCCGUGGCCGACCACCUCGGCGGCGGCGGAGGGUACGCGGGGCUCUGCGUCGGCGCGCGGCGGGCCAGGCUGUGCCUCUACGGUUUGGCGCUCGCCUUCGCCGCGUUCGCGGCCUUCCUCGCCUUCGCGCCUUCGCUCCCCGCGCCGUCGCCCUUGUCGUCGCCCGUCGCCCCGUGGUUCGACGGAUUCCUCGCCUCCGCGUCGCCGUACCGCGCGCAGGUAUCGGGCUUCUUCUCCUCCCUCUUCCCCGCCAACUCCUCCUACUCCGGGACUCCGCCUGGCGAGGGCGUCGCGGCGAGGCGGAGCGGGCCCAGCUGUUGCGGGCUCGCGGCGGCGGGGACCAAUGACUCCAGCGCAGUUCGUCCCGGUGAGCAGCGGUCCGGAAGUGGAGGCCGGGUACCAAGCAGCGAUGUGGGAGGAGCUCGCGGCGGCAACUCCGGGGCGCCCGGUAAUGCUACUACGGCGGUGCAGAGCCACGCGCCGCCCAGUGGUCACGUGGGAGGUGGGGCACCAAGCAGCGAUGCCGGCGGAGUUCGCGGCGGAAACUCCCGGUCCGGUAAUGCUACCACGGCGGCGCAGAGCCACGCGUCGCCCAAUGAUCACGUGGGAGGCGGUGCCGCAGCCAACAAUUCCGCCGGGAUCGCGGGUCAGGCGGAGGCUGGGGCUGGAGUCACGAUCGGCAGUUCAUCCCAGGAUGGCACCGUGGCGAAAGGAGGUGCGCACGGCAGUUAUGCCCAGAAUGGCACAAUGGCGAAAGGAGGUGCGCCUGUUCGCUUCAAUGGCUCCGAGACGAGUGCAGGUUCAGGGGAAGCCACAACAAGUAAUGGAACUGCUGCUUCACUCAUCAAUCAGACUGGGAGUGCUGUUGCAGGGGUGAUUCACGGCAACGGUGCUGCUUCUCACAGAAGAGGACCUCCAGGCAGUAACCAAUCUGUUCAAAAAUCACCCACGGCAAAUAAUCAGGAUCACAGUGGAAGCAAUAGUACGAUGGAUAUGCAUAAGGAAGGAACUGCUACUUCUCAGGGGAGUGCUAGUUUGGCGAAAGAUCACACAUCACAAGCAGCCACCGCAAAAUCCAGUAACAGCAGCUCGGUGCCGGUGGUGCGCAAUGGACAGAAGGCGAAAGAGUCUGCCAAUGCCGGUGGUCAGAAGCAGGAUCAUUGGAUUGAGGCCAUGGGCAGAUGUGACAUGUUCUACGGAAAUUGGGUCCGAGAUGACUCGUACCCUCUCUAUCCUGAAGGAUCAUGUCCUCACGUCGAUGAGUCUUUUAACUGUUACCUGAACGGCCGCCCUGAUAAAGAUUACCAAAGGCUCCGGUGGCAACCAAGUGGAUGCAGCAUCCCAAGGUUGAACCCAAGUGAUAUGUUGGAGAGGCUAAGGGGAAAGAGACUAGUGUUUGUUGGUGAUUCACUCAACAGGAACAUGUGGGAAUCACUAGUUUGUAUCUUGAGGAAUUCUAUCAAGGACAAGAGGAAGGUCUUUGAGGUAUCCGGAAACCAGAAAUUCAGGGCUGAGGGCUCCUACUCUUUCUUGUUUCAGGAUUACAAUUGCAGUGUGGAGUUCUUCCGCUCCCCUUUCCUUGUUCAGGAAUGGGAGACACCUGCCAGACAUGGAAAGAAUAAGGAGACUCUCAGACUUGACGUCAUCGAUCACUCAUCCCCGAGAUACAAGAGUGCAGACAUCAUUGUUUUCAAUACCGGGCACUGGUGGACGCACGAGAAAACUUCUCUAGGGAAAGAUUACUAUCAAGAGGGCAACCAUGUAUACAGUGAGCUGAAUGUUGAUGAUGCAUACCGGAGAGCUCUUAACACCUGGGCCAAGUGGGUUGAUGCCAAUGUGAACCCCAGGAGAACAACUGUAUUCUUCAGAGGCUACUCAGCGUCCCAUUUCAGCGGGGGGCAAUGGAAUUCAGGCGGCAGUUGUGACAAGGAAACCAAGCCGAUAAGGAACGAGCAUUACCUUGUACCAUACCCACAGAAGAUGAGCAUUCUGGAGGAGGUGCUCCAUGAGAUGAAAACUCCUGUCGUCUACAUGAACAUCACUCGGAUGACUGACUACAGAAAGGAGGCACACCCUUCAGUCUAUCGCCGACAGAAGUUGAGCGAGGAGGAGCGGAAGUCGCCUGAGCUAUAUCAGGACUGCAGCCACUGGUGCCUUCCCGGAGUGCCUGAUUCUUGGAAUGAGCUCCUAUACGCACAGAUUCUGGUCAAGCAGCAUCAGAUGAUACACCAAUAAAGGCAAGUGCGAAAUGCUUGUUCCUGUACAUGAGCUGUUGUUUGUUGUGAAAUGCCAAUUUGUCUAGUAUAAUAGCCAGCCUAAGUGCACAAGGCAUAGUUGAGAAAAGUGAUAGGCCAAGGUUUUUGGGAUCCUUGCAUAGAGUACAGUAGGAAAAUUAGUCAGAUCUACGACUAUAGAUAUCAACACUAAACUUGUAUAGGCUCCUCAGGAGUUUAUGAUGAAAAGACAAUGUCUAGGUAGCAAUAAUCAGAAAUGAAGAACAGUAUACUGCAUCAGACUGUAUAGAUCAAGAGGCUCUUUGUAUUUCAUGAAUCCAUGUCUUUCUGUUUCCUGACAGCUACCUAUUUUUUCA